CCAGAUCAAGAGGCGGUGAGGCGACGGUCGCCGCGCCGGAGGAGGGCUCACGGGGGAGGUUCCGGAGCGGGGCGAUGGACGCGGCGGCAAGUAACGGCGGGCUGCUGUACCAUGGGGUGCAGGAGGGGAAGCUCUGCGUCGUGCACUGCAUCAACACUGCCCUGCAGGGGCCCUACUUCUUCGAGUUCGACCUCGCCGCGCUCGCUUGCGACCUCGACCAGCGGGAGUGCCUCGUCAUGCUUGAGAGCUCCCAGAGCCCAGCGCGGCCAACGCUGCCAGUGGGGACUUCCACAAUGUCUCCCUCGGAGGCGAUUUCAGCAUUCAGAUCAGUCCAGGAAUUCCAGAGCUUGGAGCGACAACAUGUCAUGAACAGAAAGGUUGAAAGAGCAUACAGAAAACUCAAGGUCAUGAAAGAAGAUCAUCAGUUAUGCAAGUAUGAAGAUAGCAUACAUUUGUGAUUAUAUACGGGUAGAUCUUUUUUUACUGAGAUGCAAACACAACACCAUGAGUCAUGAAUGUUCAGUUUUUGCUUGUGAUGUAGUUUUAGAUUCAGGGAGGGGCAGGCAAAUGUGUUUGUGUAAAUAGUCGAUUAUAAACCAAAUUGAUAGAUUUACAACCAUUUGCAGUUCUAAAUCAUUUGUUGUAUACCUAAAUAUAUGUACACUCUAAAUAAAAUUGCAUGUCAUGUCCAUGCUGUUUUUUCUGAUUCUA